AUGCAACAGGAACAACUGGAGAAACUGGCGGCUGCUCUCCCCUCCUGUGCGCUUGAGUGCAUGAAAGUUUCACUGCCGCAAUCUUCCUGCACUCUCACUGACCAAAAGUGCCAAUGUACGGACGUUAACUACACUGCCACUCUUGAGCGAUGCGUCGCCACUACCUGCACUAUCCGUCAAUCUCUGACUACCAAAAAUGUCACGUCCUCCGCAUGUGGAGCUCCGCUUCGAGAUAGAACUGCGCUUGUUUCAUACCUUGGUGUCGGUGGUGGCGUCCUAGCACUCAUCGCCUUUAUCCUUCGGAUGGUCGCACGACUAAGGUGCUGUGGUGGUACUUUUGGCAUGGACGAUUGGACAAUGAUGUUGACGAUGUCUCUCGUUAUUCCACUAUCUGCACUUUCCGUUGUUUUGGCCGACGCUGGGCUGGGAAAGGACAUGUGGACAAUUCCUUUGGAUAAUGUCACCAGAAUCCUCUAUAUUUACUUCUGGGAUGAAUUGAUUUAUCUGUCCAUUCUGCCAUUAACCAAGAUCUCCAUCUGCUGCUUCUACCUCCGCAUUUUUCCCGACCGACGCCUCCGCACUGCAACUUAUAUUGUCAUUGGGUUGAAUGUGAGUUACUUGAUUGCCUUUGUUUUAAUCUCGGUGUUCCAGUGUCGGCCACUACAUGGCGCAUGGCUCCAUUGGGACGGGGAGGGCAAUUAUCAAUGCAAUCAUAUCAAUGCACAGGGGUGGGCUGCGGCAAUAAUCAACAUGGUGCUUGAUAUAUUGGUCAUGGUUCUUCCUCUGCGACAGCUUUACAAUCUAAACCUUUCCACGAGAAAGAAGGCAUACGUGAUGUGCAUGUUCAGUUUGGGUAUUUUUGUGACUCUUGUGAGUAUCCUGCGACUGAAUUCACUCAUUCACUUUGCCAGCACCACAAACUUGACAUGGGACUAUGUGAGUGUUGGAUACUGGAGUACGGUCGAAGUAGACGUGGGUGUAAUCUGUGCCUGUUUGCCUGCAAUUCGUUCUUUACUACGUCGCGUCUCUCCAGGAUUAUUUGGUGAUACAGAAAAAGCCAAAUCAUACGGCAUGAACUCUCGUUCUCCUGGGACCGGGUCUCGAUUUGAAGGAGGAUCUCACGUGCAGAGCAAGAAUGAGGACCGGCAGUUUUACCCCCUUGACGAUAUCGACACUUCUAGUGAAACCCGGCUACAUCAUUAA